AUGUCAGAGGGGGUAAUCCAACAAGAAGGUCCAUAUCAGCAGCUAUUGGCCACAAGCAAAGAAUUCCAAGACCUUGUCAAUGCUCACAAGGUUACUGAUGGUUCAAACCAGCUUGUAAAUGUUACUUUUUCUCGAGCUUCUAUAAAGAUUACACAGACUUUAGUAGAAAAUAAGGGUAAAGAAGCAAAUGGUAAUCAAUUAAUUAAGCAAGAAGAAAGAGAGAAAGGAGACAAAGGGUUGAAGCCUUACUUACAAUAUCUGAAUCAGAUGAAAGGCUAUAUAUUCUUCUUUGUGGCUUCACUUGGUCACUUUAUUUUUUUGGUAUGCCAGAUAUUGCAAAACUUGUGGAUGGCAGCAAAUGUAGACAAUCCUCGUGUCAGCACGUUCCAGUUGAUUUUUGUUUACUUCCUACUUGGAGCUUCUUCGGCAUUUUUCAUGUUGACUAGAAGUCUAUUUGUAAUUGCUUUAGGUCUUCAAUCCUCAAAAUAUUUAUUUUUACAGUUGAUGAACUCCCUUUUUCGUGCACCGAUGCCUUUUUAUGACUGUACACCAUUGGGAAGGAUACUAAGUAGGGUUUCAUCUGAACUGAGCAUUAUGGAUCUUGAUAUCCCAUUUAGCCUCACUUUUGCGGUCGGAACCACUAUGAAUUUUUAUUCUACUCUUACAGUUUUCUCAGUUGUCACUUGGCAAGUAUUGAUUGUCGCUAUACCAAUGGUUUAUAUUACGAUUCGCUUGCAGAGAUACUACUUUGCCUCAGCAAAAGAAGUGAUGCGGAUAACUGGCACAACAAAAUCCUAUGUAGCAAAUCAUGUAGCUGAAACUGUUUCUGGAGCAGUGACAAUAAGAACUUUUGAGGAGGAAGAUCGUUUCUUUCAGAAGAAUCUUGAUCUAAUUGACAUUAAUGCUAGUUCAUUUUUUCAUAAUUUUGCCUCAAACGAGUGGUUGAUCCAACGGUUAGAAACAAUAAGUGCAGGUGUUCUUGCCUCUGCAGCACUUUGCAUGGUUAUACUUCCACCAGGGACUUUCACCUCUGGUUUUAUUGGCAUGGCUCUAUCUUAUGGUCUUGCACUAAAUUCUUUCUUAGUGAAUUCAAUUCAAAGUCAGUGCACUCUUGCAAAUCAAAUAAUAUCAGUCGAGAGGCUAAAUCAAUAUAUGCAUAUACAAAGUGAGGCCAAAGAAAUCGUAGAAGGAAAUCGCCCUCCUUUGAAUUGGCCAAUUGCAGGCAAAGUAGAAAUAAAUGACUUGAAGAUACGAUACAGGCCUGACGGACCACUUGUACUUCAUGGGAUCACAUGCACAUUCGAAGUAGGUCACAAGAUUGGUAUUGUCGGAAGAACAGGCAGCGGAAAAUCCACUCUUAUUAGUGCUUUAUUUCGUCUUGUGGAACCAUCAGGAGGAAACAUUAUAAUUGAUGGCGUUGACAUCUCAUCUAUUGGCCUUCAUGAUUUGAGGUCGCGUUUUGGCAUUAUACCUCAAGAUCCUACGCUUUUUACCGGGACAGUCAGAUAUAACUUGGAUCCUUUAUCUCAAUACAGUGACCAAGAGAUAUGGGAGGUUCUUGGAAAGUGUCAAUUGCGAGAAGUUGUCCAAGAGAAAGACGAGGGCUUAAACUCCUCAGUUGUUGAGGAUGGAUCAAAUUGGAGCAUGGGACAAAGGCAAUUAUUCUGUUUGGGGCGUGCGCUUUUAAGGAGAAGUAGAAUAUUGGUACUUGAUGAAGCAACUGCAUCAGUCGAUAAUUCAACUGAUUAUAUUCUGCUGAAAACCAUUAGAACCGAGUUUGCAGAUUGUACAGUAAUCACAGUAGCGCACAGAAUUCCAACUGUGAUGGAUUGCACUAUGGUUCUUUCAAUCAAUGAUGGAAAACUAGUGGAGUAUGACGAGCCAACGAACUUGAUGAAGAGAGAAGAAUCGUUGUUCAGGAAACUUGUCAAGGAAUACUGGUCUUAUUUUCAGUCUGCAGAGUCACAUUGAUGUCAACAAUUAUUUUUUAUAUACCGUCUCUAUUCUCUCUCUCUCUCUUCCUCUUUUGUGUUCAAUAAGUCCAGAUUGCUAAGUAAUUGCUAAUGAAGUUGGAAUAUGAUCUUGAUAUGUUGUAUAAUGUAUAGGAUAAGGCUUAAUACUUGCAGUUGGCAGGUUCAGCAGCUAAAUAAUUC